UGCUGCAGGCGGAACCUUCGUGCUGGUGUUUGUAGUUUCCAGUCGGACUCAGUUCCUCGGUGCUCCUCCAUGUGUUUGUGUCUCUCUCCGCUCCGCUCCUCCCGGUGUGUCUCCGCUGACUGAGUGUGUGUAUUCCCGGUAGUUCCUCCGUUCCCCGGUGCAGCCCGCUGUUACCGGACACCAUGCCGGUCGGCGGCAGCGCUUUGUUCUCCGGGUUCCGGGUUCUGGGUCUCUACUCCGGCCACGUGCCGCACGCGCUCCGGUACCACCAGAAGCACCGGGAGUUCUACGUGGUGACGGCGGUCGGUAGAAGCUUCCACACGUACAACGUGAACAGAUUGGGGAUCGUUGCUGUCAGUAACAGCCUGCCCGAUGACAUCAGCUGUAUGGCAGCAGACAGGAUGUUGGUGUUCGCCGCCGCCGGCCGAGACAUCAGCGCCUUCGCUCGCAACAAAGAGGUAGUGAUGCGUUACCAUGGACACAGACAGGAAGUGCGUCUGCUGCUUCCUCUGGGCGAUCAGCUGAUAUCAGCCGACGCUGGCGGUGAUGUCAUCGUGUGGGACGUCCAGGGAGGAGACGAGUACCUACGGCUGCAGUUUGACUCCGCCUCCUUCGACGUGUCGGCCAUGAUGCAUCCCAGCACCUACCUGAACAAGGUGCUGCUGGGAAGCUCCCAGGGUGCACUGCAGCUCUGGAACAUCAAGACCAGUAAGUUGGUGUUUACGUUCCCCGGCUGGUCAGCAGGAGUCACCUCUCUGCAGCAGAGUCCCGCGGUGGACGUGGUCGGCGUCGGCACGGCGACAGGACGCAUCAUCAUUCACAACAUCCGAUUGGACGAGACGCUGAUGAGCUUCACACAGGACUGGGGACCAAUCACCUCGCUCGCUUUCAGAACAGACGGCCCUCCCAUCGUGGCGUCUGCCAGUCCUCAGGGCCACAUUGCAUUCUGGGACCUGGAGCGCCGUCAGCUGGUCACUCAGCUGAGACACGCCCACAGCACGGCCGUCGCCGCGGCAACCUUCGUCCACAGAGAGCCGCUAUUGGUCACCAACGGAGCAGACAACGCCAUCAAGGUGUGGAUAUUUGACCAGGAAGGGGGCGGAGCCAGGCUGCUGAGGAGUCGUCAGGGUCACAGUGCCCCGCCCACAACCAUCCAUCACCACGGCAACGAUGGGAAGAACAUCCUCAGCGCUGGUCAGGAUGGGACACUGCAGUCCUUCUCCACGGUCCACGAGCGCUUCAACAAGAACCUGGGCCACGGCUCCAUCAACAAGAAGAAAGAGAAGAAGAAGAAGAAGGGGUUGUCCUAUGAGGAGCUGCGUCUUCCUGCCAUCACAGCCUUCUCCUCCGCUGCUGCUCGUCAGUCUGACUGGGACGGCAUCGUUGCGUGUCACCGUGGUCGCCUAGCAACCACAACGUGGAACUACCAGCGGUGCACCAUGGGAGCUCAUCACCUGCAGCCGCCGGUCGCUCGCGGCAACGCCAUCGCCACGGCUGUCGACAUCACUUCCUGUGGGAACUUCGCUGUGAUUGGCUCGUCGUGUGGCCGCGUCGACGUGUACAACCUGCAGUCAGGCCUGCACCGCGGCUGCUAUGGCAACGAGGAGAAAGCUCACAGCGGGGUGGUGCGAGGCGUUGCCACGGAGACCCUGAACCAGAUGACCUUCACCGCGGGCUCUGAUUGGCUGCUCAAGUUCUGGCGCUUCAAGAGCAGGAAACAGGAAGCUCAGCUGAAGCUACACGCUGCGCCGGCUAGCAUGAUGCUACACAGAGACAGCGGGAUGUUAGCACUAGCGCUGGAUGACUUCACGCUAGCGGUGGUCGACAUAGAAACCAGACGGGUCGUCAGGAAGUUUGCAGGUCACCAUGGCAACGUCAACGACAUGACCUUCAGCCCUGACGGCCGCUGGCUGGUUACCGCGGCGAUGGACUGUACCAUCCGUACCUGGGACCUCCCAUCUGGAAGUCUGGUGGACUGUUUCCUGGUUGCCAUGGCGCCGGUGGGCGUGUCAUUGUCGCCGACCGGAGACUUCCUGGCGACGGCUCACGUGGACAGUCUGGGCGUGUACCUCUGGACCAAUAAGAGCCUGUGUGGACCUGUGGGGCUCCGCCCCCUCCCGGCUGACCACCAACCGACCGAGGAGACCCUGCCGGGCGUCACGGCGGACGAGUCGGAGCAGGAAGUGACAUCAGAGGAGGUCGAUGAUGCGUACGAGUCAGCUGAGCAGCUGGGGGCGGAGCUUGUGACGCUGUCGCUGCUGCCGGAGUCUCGCUGGAAGAGUCUGCUGCACCUCGACGUCAUCAAGAGGAGGAAUAAACCUGUAGCCCCCCCUGCUGCUCCAGCUGCUGCUCCGUUCUUCCUGCCAACACUUCCUGGUCUCACGCCGAGAUUUGCCGCGCCCACGGCAACCGAACAGGAAACACAGUCCAAGCUGCUGCGUUGGGGAUUGUUGUCCCAGAGGUCAGAGUUCAGCUCUGAUCUGGAGUCAGCGCUGCAGACCGGAUCAUUUGAGCGCCCGCUGCGUCUCCUGAAGGAUUGUGGGCCGGCGGCGCUCUCUGUGGAGCUCAGCAGUCUGACAUCAGAGGGGGGCGGAGCCAAUAGCCUCCUGCUCGCCUUCAUCCAGAUGAUUGACAGCAUGUUGGCCAGUGGGCGGGACUUCGACCUGGCGCACGCUUACCUGGCGCUUUUCCUCAAGCUCCAUCUCCGCUCGCUGUCGCAGGACCCUGUUGCCAUGGCAGCGUUGCUCCGCCUCUCCUCCCGGCUGGAGGCGGGAUGGGCGGAGCUACGGGCUUCAUUCGACCAAUCAUUGUGUCUGCUGACGUACGCCAAGAGUGCUCUGCUGUGACAGACACACACACACACUCACACUCACACACACACACAGACACACACACACUCACACUCUCACACACACACA